CAUUUCGGAUUUUGUCUGAGUGGGGUGUGGGCAUGGUAUAAAUCCAGAGAAAUGGAAUCUUAUAUUCUCAGUCCUCUGGUUUGCUGAAGUGUCUGUGUCGUAAGCAAUUAGUGAAAGAGCGAAAUGAAGCUGAUAGUUUUGGCCCCAUUAUUUUUAAUAACUCUAUCUUCAGUAACCAGCCAUCCGCAUCUUUACAAUCCUUAUUAUAAACUCUUCCGGUAUAACAGUCCCUCCAGCUAUGCCAGUCAUUACUCCCAAUUCCUCCCCACAUACGCGGACAUAGUCCACGAUUCGGCCCUUUCGGCCUAUUUAUCCACCCCCGAUUUCCUCCCAACCCUUAACGUCUUGGCCGAAGUGCCUUACGCCAUCACCAACAGCUUCACGGUGGUUCCCAUGCUGGUGGUGUCCAAGGACAACAUGCACAUGGUCUCCAAUGCCCAGAUCAUGAGCAUUUCCAAGAAGAAACCAGUGAUGACCAUCAAGAAUAAGAAAAACCAAGUGAUUCAAUGCACACCGGCCGUAAAAAUUGUCCUGGAGAAACCAAUUACUGUCUAUACGUUGAAAACGAGCAUUUUAUUCCCGUCUGAAAUUGAGAUUGUCCAUGCUGGGUUGAGGCUGCCCAUAAGGGUGGGGGCUAUUAUUGCCCCCGUGAAGCCGGAUACGUACAUUUCAGUGGAAACCCCCAUCGCUGUUAACGUGGUCUAUGCUGUACCUACAAGACCCAUCAACUAUGAUUAUGUCAACCAUGAUGGGGUUAUUGAAAUUCCUGAUAAUCAGGCCGUUGUGGUGGAAAGCGAGCCGGUUUUACCGCCGAAAAAUGUCACAAUCAUUGAUUUUCCCGAAAAAGAGGCUGAGCCUGUUUUGACUAUUGAUGAGGAAGAUGAUGAAUUAGUGAAUCGUAACCCUCCCAUUCUUUUGGCCCCCGCUGGUAUUGUCCAAUCAACACAACCCAUAACACAUAUUGAGCAGUUUACCAAUUCGAAGGAAUCCCCCGUGCUGAUAGCCCUACGAGAAGAAGCUCUCAAAAAUAAGCGAGUUUGAGUUUUGACAUUGAAGCUUUCGCAUGUUCGUGAAAGUUCUCUCAAAGUUUUCAGUAAAUUAGAGGAUAGGUUUUUAUUUAAUAAAUAAUUUCUCUUGUAGGUACUACGUAUCAAAAAAUUGUCUUGUCGGUCAACUGUACGAUGUAUAUUUUUUGAUUGUUUUAACAAUACACUGCCACUAAAUUUUUUGUUGUUACAAUAGAAUUCUCAGUUAAAUUAUGUUCUUUAAUAAAUAAAUAAACAGUUAAUUGUGA